AGCUCCAAUAUGGCGGCGCCCUGUGGCUCCUCGCAGCUCCCGGCCGCCGAGUCGCCGCUGAAGAUCCCCAAGAUGGAGGUCCUGUCGCCGGGCUCGCCGGGGGCGCUCAGCGACGGCAACCCCAGCCUCUCCGACCCCUCCACGCCCAGCGGCGCCUCCCCGCUGGGGCCGGGCGGUCUGGGAAUUUGGAGCAUUAUUGAUUUGACCUCUUUUAAAUUUCAGCAGCUUCCCAAGAGAGAGAGUGAGUUAGUAAGGAAUGCAAAAUAUACCCUUCGCAGGUGUUACAGUCGAGUGAAAGAACAUGGUGUUGGGAAAAGGAAAAGCAGUUACACAUUUGAACAAUUGGAACAGGUGUUUGGUCAGGGAGGAUGGGACUCGCAGCCCUGCCAGCCUGUACUCAUUAAUAGUAGCGGCUUGUACCAGGAGCUGGAAUCGGAUGGCAGCACUAUGGAGGAAUAUUCACAGGAGGAUUGGGGGAACCACAGUCAGGAUCUUCACUGCUACCAGGGCGGAGACCCGGAGUUGGAUGAAAUGCCUGCCACAAAAAGAACAUUAAAGAUAAAGCAGGAAUCUUCAGAAGAAGCACAGAAGCAAGACGUCAUGCAGAACAUUGUGCAAAUCUUGGAAUCCGUCCAAUUAAAAUGGGAGCUGUUUCAGAGCUGGACAGAUUUCUCCAGGCUACAUCUUUCUAACAAACUAGCCAUUUUUGGCAUUGGUUAUAACACACGCUGGAAGGAGGAUAUUCGCUACCACUACGCUGAGAUCAGUUCCCAGGUGCCUCUUGGCAAACGGCUUAGGGAAUAUUUCAAUUCGGAGAAGCCAGAGGGCAGGAUCAUCAUGACGCGAGUACAGAAAAUGAACUGGAAAAAUGUUUACUAUAAAUUCCUAGAGAUUACUAUUAGUGAAGCAAGAUGCCUGGAGCUGCAUAUGGAAGUUGACUGGAUACCUAUAGCUCACUCUAAGCCAACAGGAGGAAAUGUUGUUCAGUAUUUAUUACCAGGGGGGAUUCCCAAAAGCCCUGGCCUGUAUGCCAUUGGUUAUGAAGAUUGCCAGGAGAAACCCCACUCGCCUCAUGCAGACCGCAGAGGCCCAGAUCCUGGGAAAGAGACUCAGGGGGAGGUAGAUGUCCCUUCACCGCAGGCCUCUCUCAGGGUGGAGAUGGAGUCCGCCAGAAUUAUCUAUUGUUACCUUGGCAUUGCUGAGGUUAGAACUCUCCAGCAGUGUUUGUUUUUACAUUUUCAGGCCAACACCAAAACCUUCAGCAAAGAGUGGGUUGGAAUCAAUGGGUUUUUAUCUCAGAACUGCAUCGUAGAACCAGGGGUGUCACCUAAAUCCAUCUACAUAAAAUUUGUGGAAGUGGAGAGGGAUUUUCUUUCUGCUGGCUCUUUGGUAGAGUGCCUGGAAAAAGCCAUUGGAUACCCGUUGAAGUUUAACAACUGAAUCUCGUCCUUCAUAAGGAUUAGGGCUCCUGCCUCCUUUCCAUGUUGCUAGCAGACGCUUACGGAUCCUGUCUGUUCACAGAGGGGCAAGUAAGACUUUCAGAGUGAAAAUGAACUUCAGAAUGAAAGAUGCUUGCAAAUGAUUCGAAACAACUUGUCCUGAGCAAGUAAAAUAUACAGCUAACUUGCUUGGCAGGUCAAUUGGUUUUAUAACGAGAAGAAGGAGAGCCUUGUAAAAAUGACUGUAGGUACAUUCCACAUUGGACAGAGCUUCUACUUUGCAUUUCAUAUGAAAAGCUGUUUUUUCCACAACGUUUCAUUUUUACACAUCUGUCUCUAUAUAAAGUGUUAUUACUGAUCUGAAUAAAUAAGCAAUAGAUAAUGGCAAGUUAAACCUUGGGUCACAUUAAAUGAGACUAUUUUUCAAUGCCACCCUUAGCUACUAUUGUAUAUAAUUUAGAGUUUCACUUUUUUCACCCAUCAAGUGUUUUUACCAUUUCCAACCAGUGUUGCCUGCAAAGACUUUUUUGUUUCUGUGAUGUAUCCCACUUUACUAGUAGUGUUGUCAUAUCAGCUCUUUUUUUACCAUUAAAGUAAUUCCUGGCCUUUUUGAGUUCUAGUUAGCCUCUUUGUGGCAGUGAGAAUAACCUGACAGCUGGGAAACAUUUUGUCAAACCAUGCUUAUCAAUACAAUCAAAGC